AAUUUGCGUGUCUGCUUAUUUCACCAAUUAGUCGAAACUCCCGUUCUCGUCUCCCGAGAUUUUUUUUUUGCAGACAGUUAGGUGCGAGGCGCUGUCGCGUUCAUUGCACUUGAACAAUUCGCAAGAUGCGUUUCGGCCUCGUCGUUUUCGGUUUCCUGCUGUGGAACUGCUUCGGCAUAGAUCUCAUUUCUGAAUACGACGACAAUUACGAUUCAUCCACCUCCCCCUCUUCCAGAGCUCCUAAGUGUAAGCAGAGUAGUAAUAGUUGCUGUUGUAGUAAAUUGAACCAAUCCAUUCGAAUUUCAGGGUUCGGUAUUGGCGUGGUGCGCUUCGAGAACAAGUAUUGCGUCGGAUUGGAUUCUUUGGAUGGAACGUGCUACACUCGAAGGCAAUGCAGAGACUUGAACGGCACCAGGUCUGGGCUAUGCGCAAGCACAAUUGGCCACUGUUGCAUAAGAUCGUACGAUAACAUUGCAAUUAAUUAUAAUCCUCAGGUACGCAUUGACUUCUUGAGUCUAACUUUGGCACCUCCCAAUGCGAGCGGCUAUUGCGUCUACGAUAUGCUUAGAAUAACCGGAGGAGCGUCUUUGGUGCGACCGAUUUGCGGGGAGAACAGUGGGCAACACAUCUACCUGGGUUUCUACAACGAGGAUGACAUCACCAUAGCGAUCAGCACGAGCGAGAGCUACGCAAUAUCUCGGGCAUGGUACAUCAAAGUCGCUCAGAUCGGUUGCGACUGCCCAACGACGGCACCCGAUGGUUGCCUGAUGUAUUACACUGGACUCACCGGGACGGUGAAGAGUUUCAACUACGGACGCACCACAACAACGGAGAUGUAUAGCAUGCUGGGAGUGGGCACUGCUCCGCUGAUGUUACCUGGGACCAGAGAGAUGGCCGACAUGAAUUACGGGGUCUGCAUCAGAAUGGCACCGGGGUAUUGUUCCAUCGAGUGGAGCCCUACCUCUAACGGGUCUUUUGCUGUUAGCGGUAGCACACCAGGUGGUGACGUCCAACCGAACAUCAUGUGCAACAACGACUUUGUUGUCAUACCCAAUCCCAUGACGGUCUCAAGUGAUAUCACGCCAGACAGAUUUUGCGGAAAUUCCUUCCCAGCCACAGUUACAACAUCAUCGAAACCGUUCGUCUUGACCGUGGUAACUGAUCAGAGAGAGAAACACAGCGACGUGGACAUCAAAUUGAACGAAAUCGGCAACCUAGGUUUCUCACUGAAUUUCAAGCAGAUCCCAUGCGGAGGAAUUUAUUGUUAACAACUCGUAGCAAAAAGCACUGAUCAGCUAAUAACAGUCUUCAAUAAUUAUAAUAAUUACAUUUACAAUAAUAACUUAACGAA